AUGCAGCGUGCUGCAGCAAAGUCUUCGCCUUCGUCGCCGGCUACCUCCAACGGGCCUCCGGCCAAGAAGGCGCGUCUGUCACAUGGCGCAUCCGCCGUGGGAACUUCAGAUCAAGAGAUUAUACAAUCAGGGCUCGAUGCUGAAGAAGCAAAACGUCAGGCGGCACUGGACAAGGCGGCGCAACAUGCGGGUGAAACCAAGUGGGUACUGAGCUUUCAAGAUCCUCUCAAGGGGAAGCGGCAAGAUGCUAUGCAGGUCAGGCAUGCGGGGUAUGCGGAAAUCGAUGCGCAAGAUGAUUCAGAGGAGGAAGAAGAAGAAGAAGAAGAAGAAGAAGAAGAUACCAGACCUGUGAGAAUGCAGUUUGGUGGUGGUGUCAAAAAGGUAGACACUUCGGUGCCGAUGGUAAAAACAGAGGAUUCGGAAUCCGACUCGGAGUCUUCAUCGGACGAUUACGAUUCGGACGAUGCUGCAGCAGAUCUUAUCCGGCAGACGAAACGCGAAAUUGCUUCGGAAAAGCGAGAAUCCAAGAAGAAAAGGGCAAGCAUGGGCAACAGCACGCCAAACGGAACAUCAACGCGACAGAACGAAAACAGAAGCCUCAAUGGCUUAACAUCUAUUUCGGGCGGCCGGCGAUCCGGUGGCGGAGGCAUUAGCGGAGGAUCUAGUCGCAUGGACAAUGUGGAUUGCUACAAAUGUGGGGAGAAGGGGCAUAUAGCAGCAAACUGCUCCAACCCGUCAGCCCCACGGGGAUCUGCGGGUAGAGGGUACGGUAAAGGUCGGAGAUAG